AUGUCCUCCCCAGAUUCUGUUUCUCUUCGAAGCACGCCCAAGCAGGCCGAUGUGCUCGUGGUUGGUGCAGGACUGAGCGGCCUCCGCGCCGCUUUAGGCGUCCAAGCGGCUGGAUUGUCCUGCGUUGUCGUGGAGGCAAUUGAUCGUGUGGGGGGUAAGACUCUCACGGUGCCGUCGAAGCACAGCGGUCCCGGUGUCAGCGACAUCGGUGGUGCCUGGAUCAAUGAUACGUCGCAAUCGGAAAUGUAUCGGUUGCUCCAGAAAUACGGCCUGCACGGAGAGGUGCAGAGGGCAGAAGUACGAGUGUUUCUGACCGAGGUAUUGCUUCAGUUCGAGGGAAAAGACCAAAUUUUGGUGGCAUCAGCAUUGCAGCAUUUCCGAGAGGUGAUCGAGGAGAUUGACCUGGAGAAUCCAGCAACUGGAAAGGCUGCAAAAGAGCUAGAUAGCAUGACAUCGACCGAGUACUGCCACAGAACUUUUCAGUCUGAACUGGUCACCGGUCUCGUUGACACCGCCGUCCAGUCUAUGGUGGGCGUUGAAGGAAAUGCGAUCAGCAUGCUGGCCUUUCUACAAGGCGUCAAGACUGCGACUGGAAUUGAUGCGGCCUUGUCCGACGGCAAGGACGGAGCACAGUAUCUGCGGCUUCGAGAAGGAAUGCAAACUUUCUCGCUGAAUAUGGCCGAGGAUCUGAAACCCGAUACUCUCGUCCUCUCGGCCCCGGUGACGUCCAUCGAGCAAUGCCCGCAGACGCGCCUCUGCACUGUCCGAACAUCUUCCCCCACUCACAGCAUCGUUCAAGCAAAGAAAGUAAUCCUAUCUGUCCCGAGAACCCUGUACAACAAAAUCGCCUUCAACCCUCCCCUCCCCUCCGCCCAAAGCCGCUUCGCAGAUAAAAACAUAAUCGGCUACUACAGCAAAACAAUCUACGUUUUCGACCAGCCCUGGUGGCACACUGCCGGUCUCUCGGGGGCUGUUCAAACCCAAUUUGGGCCUAUUCUGUUCUCUCGCGACACGAGCGUCCCAGCCGACGACCAAUGGUCAAUCACCUGCUUCCUCGUCGCCGACCGUGGCCGCGAAUGGUCGCUGUUGUCCCAGGCUGAACGGCGCCGUACGGCGUGGGAACAGUUCCGCACCAUCUUUGAGGGAGCCGGGACGCCGUUAGAGAAACUCAAUGUACCUGAACCGAUCAACGUCCUGGAAAUGGAGUGGUCCAAGGAGGAGUUCUUCGGAGGUGCGACUUGCCCGGUACCACCCCCUGGGCUAAUUUCUUCCGUGGAUGCUUCGGCUGCCCGGACACCAUUUGAUAAUAUCCAUUUCGUGGGGACUGAGACUGCACUCGUCUGGCGGGGUUAUAUGGAGGGGGCGGUUCGCUCAGGGGAUAGGGGUGCACAGGAGGUUAUUGGUGCGUUGAAAAGGGUAGAAAACUGAUCAGUGGUCAACAAGGAUGAACAAUGAUAUUAUAUCUAGCUAUUGGAUUCCACGGCUUAUUUGACAGUUACAGGAACAGCUUGUUCUUUUUCUUUCUUUCUUUUUUUUUUUUUUU